GGUUGGUGUGUUGGUUCUGCUGGCGGUGAGUGGCUGCUGCUGCUGCUCUCAACACCCUCCAUCACCACACGCACACACACACACACACACACACACCUGAGCCACUCACGCUCCUCGCCUCCGCCUCACCACCUCACGCCCUCCUCAUAACACAGACACAGAACAGUUAAAGCCUAAAAAAAAGGAAUCGAAGAUCUUCAUAGGACUGAUCCUGCAGGUAGCCAACGCCAAGCAACACAGCUCCACGGUAGUUACAUCAAGCAGACGUAUAUAUAUAUUUACUAAGCAAGGAUACAUUACUGAACACACCGCUAUAGCACAGGAGCGGGUGUGAGCGUGUGUUGCGGGAGGCGGGAGUGUGGGCCAUCAUGCAAGCUCCGAUCAACCAUCACUUCCUCCCAACAUGAUCUGGUAUGCUCGUCUGCUGUGUCAUCACCCGUACGCGGUGCUGAGCAGUGUAGUAGUGGUUGUGGUGACGUGUCUGGUCCUCUCCCUCACAGCCCGACCACUCCCGGCCUUCACAGACCCAUCCCUGGGGUUUGAGUCAAGAGGAACAGUAAUCAGCCAGCGUGCAGUAGCUUGGGAGAACCUCUUGGAUGCUUCUCGUCCCAGUGGACCUCUUGGCGUCAACCCUCUUAGUGAUCCAAACUUUAAAGAUCGACUUAACUCAGGAAAUGAUGGAGAGAAGGAAACAGAUGGGGAUGACAAGCCUCCGGUACACACACACAAAGUCUGUAUUGAGAUGACACCUAAUGGUCCGGUUCAGGUGUUUGACAACUGUAGCAGCAGCACGGGACAAAACGCCAGUGACGUGCGAGAAUUAGAGGAGACGCCUAUUUUUGCCUUGAAGGUUCUUGUGGACAUGGCUGAGAGAAAUGAUGAGAGAGGAGAGAACCCUUCAGAGUACAACUUAGAGAAUGAAUGGGAUCAAGAACACAAGAUCCAUAACCAUGAGAAUGAACACGAUGAUCAGCUCCAUAACCACGACCAUAUCGGAGAGGACGGCUUCUUCUGUAACCCAGUUGUUCCUGAGUAUGGGCACAUGGUUAUCAAGAGCACAGUACCACGAGAUUCAUUACUGACUUUAAAGUACUUGCAAGCAAUAUGUCAACUGGAUGACCGAUUACGUUCUCCAGCUGAAUUUAAACCCAUAUGUGAAACCUGGUCCCCUGGUCGCUGCUGUCCUUCCUGGACACUUCCAAACUAUGUUGCAUUUCUUUCUAACCGUACAUCUUGUCACCACAUAAAGCUAGAAGAUGUCAUCAACGUUCAUCGUCUGUUGCGAAGAUGUGCUCGCUAUUUAGACUUACAACUGGAGGGAGGCUGCCAUGGCCAUAUAGGGUGUCGGCGUGUUCCUCAAGUGUGCCUGCAGCAUGAUGCUGUCUACACUAUACUUCAUUAUUUGGUUGAUGCUGCAUUCCUGAAUCCGGAGUUUGCCCAUUGGUUGCAGGUACCAGACCCUGAUCAUCCACAGCCUUUCAAGCACUCUGAGCCACACCACAAACACCAGAAGCAGAAGCUCCAGCAACGCCUCAGUUUGACAGCUGUGUUCGUGCCCGUGGCUCGUAGUUCUGACGCACUCCCUUAUUUUGAAGCUUUACAAAAGCUUGACCUCACUGUAGACAAUGUGACAGUAGCAGCAAUGGACUUGGGUCUGAAGUACACACUGUUUGACAAACUGCUAAUGAGCAACUCAUUCCUGCUGGGUGUUGGUGGUGGUGUAGUGGUGCUGCUCAUGUGGUGCUACACCGGAUCACUCUUCAUCACUGUGGUCACCAUCACCACCGUCGCCUGUGCCCUCGUCAUUGCAUACUUUAUGUAUAUAUUCAUUUAUGAGAUAACUUUCUUCCCAUACAUGAAUAUACUUACUACUGUUAUUGCAAUAGGAAUAGGAGCGGAUGAUACAUUUGUUUACUGCCGGGUGUGGACUUUAGCCAAACAAGAUAAAAAUUCAGGAACCAUGGUGAAGCUGGUGGCAGAUGCCCUUCAUCACGCUGCAGCCUCUAUCAUCGUCACCUCCCUGACAACUGCUGCAGCUUUCUUUGCCUCUUGUGUAUCACAUAUCACAGCCAUACGUUGCUUCAGUAUAUUUGCUGGAACUGUAGUUCUAGCCAACCUGAUGCUUAUGCUGACGUGGGUACCAGCAUGUGUUGUGGUGGCUGAACGGUGGGGAGCUUCCACAUGCUGUCUUUGUGUCCCUCCUGUACCUGUAUAUGCUCCCCACCUGCCCCCACGUUGCUCUGUGGUGUGUGCCCUGCCCCUCAGAUUUUGCUACUUUUGUACCGAGUCUGCAAAAGUGUUCUUCGAGAAGAUGCUCCCGUGGGUGAUAGUGAAGCCCCGCUACUUGUGGAUUUUACUGCUGGGGUCUGUGGCAGCCUAUAGUGCUGUUGUUGUAUUCUACUUCCCAGGUCUGAAGCUUCCAGAUUCUCAAGAGUUUCAGCUUUUUUCAAGAGAUCAUGUGUUUGAACAAUAUGAUUUGGAGUACAAAUACAAAUUUUGGUUUGAAAGGAACUUGAGAAGCGAUAUUGUGAAUCGAUUACCAGUUCGUAUAGUUUGGGGAAUAAAACCAGUGGAUAAUGGGGACUACCUCAACCCUGCUUCAAAAGGAACAUUAGAAUUUGAUGAUAAUUUUGAUGUAGCUCAACCAGAAUCUCAGGAAUGGCUGUUAAACUUCUGCCGUGAUCUUCGAAACCAAACCUUCUACAUGUCUACUCUGGGUCCUCUACUUCCACAUUGUUUCAUUGAAACAUUUAAAGCUUGGAUGAAUAGAAGAUGCAUAGAUCCUGUAACAGGUGUUAAUCGAGAACCUUGCUGUGAAACUUCUGAGUUUCCCUUUUCCGAAGAUGUGUUUAAUCACUGCAUACACAAGGGCAUCAAGAAACUGUACGAGACACCACGAGAGUAUUUCACUCCUGGAGUGGCUGGUCCCAAAUUCAGUAGAAAAACUGGAAAAAUUUUGGCUGUUGUAGUGGAAUAUGAUAGCAACAUUUUAUGGUCUCUCUCCUAUGAUGAUAUGCAAGUCUUUUUUAAUCAGGUGGACACAUGGGUGAGAGAUCAGAUGAAGGAAGCACCAAAAGGGAUGAAGGGAGGCUGGUUCACCUCAUACCUAAGCUUCUUUGAUGUACAGAAAUCUUUAUCUGUAGGAACAGGAAUAGCUGUUGCUGUUGCUGUGGGAGUCAGCCUAGCUGUGCUAGUGGUGACUACCCUUAAUGUAGUUGUGAGUCUGCUGGCAGUCUUAAGUGUAGGUGCCGUUAUUUUAGUGACAUUAGCUGCAUUAGUGUUAUUAGGGUGGCAUCUCAAUGUUCUGGAGAGUGUAACAGUGAGUGUAGCCAUAGGAUUAGCAGUAGAUCUAACAUUGCAUUAUGGUGUUGCCUACCGAUUGUCCCCAGAGGCCGAGCGUGAAGCUGCUGUGUCUUGGGCUGUGGCCCGUCUAGGUAGCCCAGUAUUUAUGGCUGCUGCUACUUCCCUUGCAGCUGGGAUUGCAAUGUUACCAGCUAAAGUUUUGGCAUAUGUUCACAUUGGUACUUUUCUUACUGUAAUAACUAUGGCAUCAUACAUCUAUGCCACUUUGUUUUACCUUCCCCUGUUGCGUAUAUUUGGCCCGGAGUCAGGGUGUGGACAGCUCUCUUAUCCACAAUUACAGUGCUGUACUUGUUGCAGUCAAGGCCCUCAGCCUCACGUGGACAAGACAGUAUAUCAACAGGCUUUUAUGAGUGAGUCUACUCUGUCCACAUCAAGUACAUCCUGUCCAGCACCUCAGACUCAUCCUUUAUCAGACACACAUGAACUUGAACCUUUGACUGCAAUGCGAUUAGCUGGGCGAGGUGGAACUCACUCUCGUGCCGUCCACAACCCUACCAGACACAAGGUUGGUUUAGUUGAACCUCCACCCAUAUCAGACAUUCCCAAUAAUCAUGUAGCAGCUCAUAAUGAAGCAGGAAUUGUCUCAGGGACAGGUCGUGCGACUAGAUCGGGGUCUUUAUCAUCAUCAGUGUAUGUACGGGACCAUGCAACAUUUGUCCCAAGGAAGGUCUCUCUGCCUUCGCCUGGAGGUGCUGUGAGUGAGGGGGGAGAACCCUCUCCUAGACACAGCGUAGCCCCAGCUUCUUCAGCUACAACAAUCUUAUAUUCUGAACCAGACACAGAUUCUGGGCAACAAACCCAGCAACCUCCAGAAGGAAAUAUCACCCAGGCAGUUCUCACUCCAGAGAAUGGAACGUUGGUCAUCUAAGAUGCUGUGGAACAAACGUGUGGCUGUGACUGAUAAUGUGUAGCACCCUCUUGUGUGAUGAUACUGAUGGUGCUAUAGUGAAGCUACCAUAGAGUAUCUGUAAUUGUGAUAAUAUAUUGCUCAUUUCUCUUAUGUUUUAUGUAAUAGAUAUUUCAUUUGUCAGUCAUUUGUAAGAUAACAGUAAAGGUAGCUGAUGAGUGUCAUUGUCUGUGCUGUAUCACAGUGUUUUUAUGAAGAUCAAUUAUUUAAUACCUGUACAGGUGUACCAUAGUUACCAUGAAAUGUGAAUUAGUUAUCCUUUGUGUGAUGGUUCCCUUUUUUUUGUUAUGUUGUUAGAAGAGAAAGAUUGGCAAGGCUUGUAAGUUACGGAGAUUCAGUACCAUUCCCACGUUGAACAGGUAAAUUUUGAUGUAUUUGAUAUGUAGUUAAAGAAAUGUACAGUAUAAUAAAAAAACAAGUACUUAACCUAAACUUAUUUUGUGGUCUUCUUUAAAAAUAAAUUGUAGUCAAGGUUCCUGGGGAAUCUGUAAUAUUAAAAGUAAAUUAUAUAUUUGUGAGCCACAGCAACAUAGAAGAGGUGACUGGAGAAGUGUUUACAUGAAGCAUUACAUGAAACAGUAGGGAGGUAUAAAGGAGCUGUAGAGGGUGACUUACAGAGUGUCUCCAGCAUGAACACCAAGAAUGUGACUUCCAUAUUUUUAAGGUGAAUGAUUACUUGAUGAAUCUUCACACUACCUUAAUAUAUCAGUCGGCAUAAAGAUGGUGAUUGUUUUUCGACUGUUGGAAAAAUGUACUUGCUGGUAUGUGCUUGAGAGUAAAACAACUAUAAUGACUUGUUGUCUUUAGGAUAUCUUUUAAAACUGAGAUUAUUGAUUUGGAAUACAUGUAACCUAAGAUGUCUAUGUUUCUCAUAAAGAUAUAUGUAAUCAGUAUUGAUACAAAAUUAAUAGAUGCCAGAAAUUAAACAUGACCAUUGAUCUUAAUGAUAAUAUAAGACCUGCAAGACUCAGAUUCCCUAUUUCAAAAUAUUUACCCAAAUUUCUGGUAAUUCCAUUGACACUUACAGAAGUAUGUAUUACUAAGUUUAAAAAGAAUAAUAAUUGACCCCCCAAAAACAAAACAAAAAAAGUGAAAAACUUCUCUCUUAAGGUCUGAUACAUUUGUUUAUGAAAAUAAGGGCCCAAUUAUUAUUUUAUGGUAGUAUUUACUUUUUAUUAUGUUUAACUAUUACAGAUAGGUUUGUUCUUUACAUUAAUCUUUUAAUUUACAUAAUUAUGUGCCUAAUACUUAUAUAGUUUUGUCAGCCAGUCUGUAUCAGUUAUACAAUUGCUCGGCCACAAAAAUAUGAACUCAUAUGGUUUCUUAUUUUAUAUCAGUCUUAGAAUUAUCUGAACCAUAUUUAUGUAAGUAAAAGCCACAUGGAAAUAAAAUGUAAUAUAUUUUCCUACA